GAAAUGAGAAAUGAGAUUCGCCUAUUGAAACAGCAAAAACGUCCUUCCACCUCGCCGAUUCGAUUUCAUUUUGCUGCUUCGUAAAAAUCUUCCACAAGCUGCUGGUCGUGGAGUUUUUGCACUUAUUAUCGAAAACAAGUGUGCUGGCGCAGUCCAGAGCAAGGAGGGAGAGGUUUUUCUCUACCAGUUUGCAGUUCAACAGUGCAUCUGAAACAAGUGAUGCAACUCCACGACAGUAAACAAGCGAACAAGCAUCUUUUAUGUCCUAAUCGGAAAGCAGUUUAGUCCAUCAUGAAUUAAAGUUAAAGUACUAGGUUGGCAACAACAUUUUGAGAACAUCAUUUCCAGAGGAAAUUCUAGGAAAUAGCUGCGAGGAGAUCACACUUCAGAAGAUGGGGAGCUCGAUCUACUGUUGUUGUAGGCCGUCGGUAGAGCCAGAUCAUGAAGUGGAAGUCAUCCAAGAGCCGAUAAAGCCGAUAACUUUGGGUGGGACACGAAAGGGUUGCGUCCCUGACCCCCAUGUCGAGGUUAAUUGGAGAGGGAUGUCUGGUUGGGUUGACCGGAUGCGCGACUAUCGCAAGGAAAAAAUCUCCGAGCAGACGGCCCCCGGGGAACCGUGGCCGUGGUCGUCUUGCGGCUGGUAUACCGAUUAUUCUUCCACUUCGUCUUCCCCUUCCGAGUCCAUCGUUGACAACAAACCGACUGAAGAACAACAACAAAACAACUGGAAAUUGUUUCUGCAGAGCGUCCCGGGCUAUGGAUUGCAAAAAUAAAUGCCUGGGUCUGGAAGGUUGCAACUUGUAAUGCUAAUUCUGGAUCGUGCAAAAAUCUGUGUCGCAUGAAUGCCAAAAGCUGUCCACUUUUAACCAAGUAGAGAGGAAGUUUCUCAUGCAGGAUAGGCAUGAUACGGAUCUCACAGAAUCUGUCAUGCUAGGUCCUGCAUUCCAGACGACAUGGAUCAUGGAAAAUCUGCACGACAAGCCUGGGAAUCUUCUAGACCCAGACAUUUUUGCAUUUGAUAGGGGCCUGGACAAAGCAAUAAACGAUGACAUUUUGGUUGAGGCGCAGAUGCUGAACAAGCAGAACGAGUACAACCUCGGUCAGAGGCAGAAGAAAGUGAUCUGGGGAUAUGUGGAGCGGAGGAUCUUGGAGCAAAAGCUGACGAAAAUGUCGGGCAAGAUUCUGGACACUCAUCCGGGCUGGACAACGAAGUGGAACUUCGACGAUGAAGACAUCAGCGGCAAUAAAGAUAGAAAGAAGGAACGGGAUACCGCUUUUGCCGAGGUCGAGGAAGCCUCGGGCCUCCUCCCAGGAACUCUGCAGGAAAUCAAACAGUCUUUCGAGAACAAGAGCAAGCACAACCAGUAUCAGUUGCAGUUUGAAAUAAGGCAGACGGAACCGAAAAGAUGUGCAUUAGUGCUGCGCACUGCGACUUAUAAGUAUGAAUUGUCUGGGGCCUUCGAUAAAAAGGUGAUUACGGUCGAAGGAGGUGUUGACUACAAGGAAGAUGCUUCUGGAGGUGGAUGGGAUUCGGAUUCGCCACCACGACGUUCUGCGGCUUCGUCAGCGCUGGAGAUUCCAGCAGCAGCGUCCUUCUCCACCGGCUCUUCGAACAAUUUCCAAUCCUACGAGAGCAUCAUCGAGCAGCAGUUUUUUAACAAAUUCAACGACAUCUCCCCCAACAUCCCCCCCCCCAUCAUGUCCAACACCGCGCUACUGAUUACAUUCUGCCGGGCCUGUCGUGUCUCGGGCUUGUUUUGCUGGUGA